UUACUAAAAAAAAAAAAACACUAGUACUACAAUAUAGUGCGUUUCCGAAGAGAGUUAAACGGAAAACACACAUCUCUCUCUCUCUCUCUUUCUCUAGGGUUUUUCUUUUGCUCUAAAAUCUGAAAGGAGCCAAGUUGAAAUUAGAAAAAUGGGUGAGACUGGGAAGCGAUACCGUGGGCAGAGGGACUAUGAUGGGGACAAGAAUCAGAAGAGACGGAUGAAUGACAAAGAUGAAAGGGGGAAUGAUGAAGUGGUUGUUUAUAGAAUACUUUGCCCAGAUGGGGUCAUUGGUAGUGUUAUUGGCAAGAGUGGGAAAGUCAUAAAUUCUAUUAGGCAAGAGACGAGGGCAAAAGUUAAGGUUGUGGAUCCAUAUCCAGGUGCUAAGGACCGUGUCAUAACAAUCUACUGCUAUAUUAAGGAAAAGGCGGAGGUUGAAAUUGAUGAUGAGUUCAGUAACAGGGAACCUUUAUGUGCUGCUCAGGAUGCUCUUCUCAGAGUUCAUGCUGCCAUUGCAAAUGCUGUGGCUUCCAUUGGAGAUUCUGACAAGAAGCGGAAGGAUAGGGAGGAAUGUCAAAUUCUUGUUCCAUCUAGCCAAUCUGCAAAUAUCAUUGGUAAGGCUGGGGCAACAAUAAAAAAACUGAGAGGUAAGACAAGGACAAAUAUUAAGGUCACGGCCAAGGAUGCCACUGACCCAACUCACUCCUGUGCUUUGGACUUUGACAAUUUUCUCAUGAUUGCUGGUGAACCAGAGGCAGUGAAGAAAGCGCUGUUUGCAGUUUCUGCAAUUAUGUACAAGUUCACUCCUAGAGAAGAGAUUCCUCUUGAGACGACUGUACAAGAAGCUCCUCCAAGUAUUAUCAUUCCAUCAGAUGUCCCUAUUUAUCCAUCAGGUGGAUUGUUUCCAAGUGCAGAUGCUAUGACCACUAGAUCUGUUCCUCCAAUCAUAGCUGCAUCAAAUGUACAGGAUCUCCCUGUUUAUGCAGAAACAGGGAAUACAUGGCCCCUUUAUUCAUCUACUCUUCCUAUGAUGUCUGGGUUCAGCAGUGCCUCACGAUCUGAGGAGUUAAUUGUAAGAGUAUUGUGUCCCUUUGACAAGAUCGGGCGUGUCAUUGGCAAGGGAGGUGGUACAAUUAAAAGUAUAAGGCAGGCUAGUGGUGCUCGUAUUGAGGUUGAUGAUACCAAGGAGGAUCGUGAUGAGUGUAUCAUCACAAUUACGGCAACAGAGUCUCCCGAUGAUCUGAAAUCCAUGGCAGUUGAAGCUGUUCUGUUGCUUCAAGGGAAGAUUAGUGAUGAAGAAGAUGACACUGUUUCAAUUAGACUCCUUGUUCCAUCUAAGGUUAUUGGGUGUAUCAUUGGAAAAAGUGGCUCUAUUAUAAAUGAGAUCCGUAAGAGAACCAAAGCUGAUGUCCGAAUCUCGAAAGGUGAUAAGCCUAAGUGUGCUGAUGGAAACGAUGAACUUGUGGAGGUGCUUGGAGAAGUUGGUAGUGUUAGAGAUGCACUUAUCCAGAUUGUUUUAAGGCUUCGUGAUGAUGUUUUGAGAGAUAGAGAUGCUGGCCAUAACCCUAGUGUCGGUGCUGAUUCCUUGUUCUCAGCUGGCACUGGUCUUUCAGUUCCAUCUGUCCUGCCUUCUGUUCCCCCUGUUGGUUCUUUGGGUUAUGAUCAGAGGGUCGAAAGUGGAAGUGGACUGGGAAUUCUUUCUUCAAGUGGCCUCUAUGGAUAUGGAUCUUUGUCGAUGGGUGAAAAUGGCUAUGGAUCCUUGCCCACAUAUUCAUCCAAGCUGUAUGGAGGGUUGCCUCCCCCUUCAACACUUGAGAUUUUGGUCCCUGCCAAUGCAGUGGGUAAAGUGAUGGGUAAGGGAGGGGCCAAUAUAGCAAACCUUCGGAAGAUAUCAGGUGCAAUGAUAGAGAUUUCUGAUUCCAAAUCUUCCCGUGGUGAUCGUAUUGCUCUUAUAUCAGGCACACCUGAACAGAAGCGUGCAGCUGAAAACUUGAUUCAGGCAUUUAUAAUGGCCACCUGAGUUUUAAGGACGCAUCUAGAUGUUGAAGGUGAAUAGUUAUAAUCUUGGAAUUCUUUCCCUUAUGGUUCCUCUCCUUAGUUCCUUUAGGUUUGGUUCUGGAGAGGGCUUCUUUUCUAGGCUUCUUCAACUGGAAUCCUCCUGUUCUUCCAUGGCAGUGACUAUCAAGAUUGUGCAGGAAGAUCUGGUGGUGGUUUUAUGUUUAACCGUAUAGGCUUCCAUCUGUCAAUCUAUUCUCCAUCUGCAGUAUCUUAGAACUAUUAGGACCUUUCUUUCUUUCCUUUCGUGUUAUAUAAUCUGGUCAUGUCUUUGACUAAUGUGGAGUCCCUCUUAUUUCCAAUGCUGUCAUACUCUAUAAAAUUGAUGUUCAUGCCCAAAAAUGUUUUCAAGGAUGACCAUAAUUGUCAAACUUUUAAUAUAUGUGUUGCUUUUCUGGCCA